AGCAAAAAGCCAGCGCCCCAGAACACGCUUAAGACAACGCCGAAUGAGGGGGAACGGGAAAUGCCGACCAAUUGCGCCGCGGCGGGCUGUGCUACUACCUACAACAAGCACAUUAACAUCAGCUUCCACAGGUUUCCUUUGGAUCCUAAAAGAAGAAAAGAAUGGGUUCGCCUGGUUAGGCGCAAAAAUUUUGUGCCAGGAAAACAUACUUUUCUUUGUUCAAAGCACUUUGAAGCCUCCUGUUUUGACCUAACAGGACAAACUCGACGACUUAAAAUGGAUGCUGUUCCAACCAUUUUUGAUUUUUGUACCCAUAUAAAGUCUAUGAAACUCAAGUCAAGGAAUCUUUUGAAGAGAAACAACAGUUGUACUCCAACCGGACCAUCUAAUUUAAAAUCAAACAUUAGUAGUCAGCAAGUCCUGCUUGAACACAGUUAUGCCUUUAGGAAUCCUAUGGAGGCAAAAAAGAGGAUAAUUAAACUGGAAAAAGAAAUAGCAAGCUUAAGAAGGAAAAUGAAAACUUGCCUACAAAAAGAACGCAGAGCAACUCGAAGAUGGAUCAAAGCCGCGUGCUUGGUGAAGAAUCUAGAAGCAAAUAACAUAUUACCUAAGGGCACAUCAGAACACAUUUUACCAACUGCCUUAAGCAGUCUUCAUUUGGAAGAUUUCAAGAUUCUUGAACAAGAUCAGCAAGAUAAAACAUUACCAAUUCUCUAAACCUAAGCAGACCAAAAGCACCUUCAUUUAAAGUUAAUCUGCAUAGAUCUUGAUGCCCAUCUUUAAUUUUGUUCAAAGAUAAAGAUAUGUAAGGAAAUUAUGCCAGAAUUGGGUAUUUAAGUUUUACUUGAAGCAGCACUAUUACUAUAUAAUUUAUGAAGACUUGAUUAUAAAAAAAUGGAAAACUUUCCAUGAAACUUUUAUUUGAAAAAGAAUGGAAGUGCCUUACAUGAGAAUUAACUACUUAAAAAUUUUUGCUAGGAAAUUGUAUGUUUGCAAGGUAUUUUGUGUUUUUGGUUUUUGAACUACUUUAAAGAAUGGUCUAUGACAAGUGAGGUGUUUAAUUUAUAUUAGAAAAUUUUUUUCCUGUGCCAAAGUUGGGAUAUUACAUUCUAAAUGAGAUGCAAAAUGGGAAUUAGCCAGCAUUUAAAUAUGAUUUUUAAACAGCUGGAUUUUGUUGUAAAUUAUUAUUAGCACUGUGAUUUGGAAAAUUUAUAGAAAAAACACCUGAGGUACAGGGCAAGUUCUUUUAUUUAAACCUUCCAUAUCUGUUUACCAGUAAAAAGUAAUCAUGGCCUCUCCCCUAAAAAUACUAGCUUUUAAAAUAGAUUGUAAAAUAUUUUGAAAAUAGUAUUUUUGAAUGUAAAGUAUCAUUGAUUCAUCCAAGCUAGGAAAGGCCUCAAGUACCUCAGACUGGUAAAAACUGGUAGUUGAUUAUUUUCAUUUUCUAAGAAAAUAUGUUGUGAAAUAACGUAGAGAUCAGGAUCUAGCUUUUACCUUAGUUAAACAACAAGAUAAAUGUGUACAAUUCUGUCAUAAUAAAAAUACUACAUUUACAGUUUAAAAAUUGAUGCAUUAAUAAGCAAGUAUGCUACAAAGUUCCAUGUCAGGAAUAACCCCCUGCCCCCAUGUAUGUUGGUACCAAACCUCAAGUUUUUUUCCAUAAACUCACAGUAGAAUUUAAUCUAGAAAAGUACAUCAUAAUUAUCUUCACAACUUGUAACUUAAAAUAGGAUCAAUUUAUCUUAUACGUCUUGCUUUUCAUCUCCUCCUUUAGUGAGAGUCAAAUAGAACAACUGUCCUCCAUAAGGAAAUGAAAUGCAGUUCUCUAUAAAAAUGCGUGUCUGAUAAAGCUAUGCAAGUGUUAAUUUUACAAAGUAAAGUAUCAGAACUAUUCCAUAGUUGUCACUUAACAAGUAAAGGGUUUGCCUUAUUUCACUAGUUAAAUGUCUAACAGGAACCUUUCCUUCAGUUUGGUCAUGUAAAAAUUAGAGCUUCAGAUACCACCAUAUGAAAGUACUAUAUACCUAAUCAAAAAUGGCUAUAAAUGAUUCCUGUAAGAUAAUGGCUACUUCAUGAUUUGAAGAUGGUUUUUUAGGGGAAUGGGGCUGGGAGGCCAGAGUUGCCAGCUGUUUGGAUUGCUUUUUUUUUUUUUUUAAUGACAUUUACUUAGGCUUUAGCAAGUUUUUACAGUAUCAGUGUCUGCCCUUUUAAUAAGGAAUGUCUCUUAAGCAACUAGAUUUCACAAAGGCAAAGGUAAGAAUAAUCUGGUUUAGUUAUCAUGAGGCACUUGCAACUUGCAACAAAUAUUUAUGAAAACCCUUUUAUGUAUAUUGUAAACCUUAUUAGUCAUUUUAUCUUAAUCUUAAAUUUUGGAUUAGCUCUUAGACUUAUCAUUACAUUCUUUUACCUGUAUGGCUUCAAAUGUCUUUUCACUGAUGUAUAAUCAUCAGCAAGUACUUACUGACCAUAUCUACAUUAUACCUCAAAAUAAAUUGGGCAAAUAAUCAUUUAAACAUCAA